AUGCCGAUUAUUUCCGAUUUCAAGCUUCCGGAGGAUGCGAGCGCCCUAGGACGGUAUACGACAAAUUCCACAGCCCCCUAUUUCAUCACAUUCACUACGUCGGACCAUCCUGAUACGGGAGAGUCAUGGUGUCCCGAUGUCCGAGCUGCACUCCCUCGCAUCAUUGCCGCCUUCUCGCCUUCAAGCGCACCGGAGAUGGCCUUCGUUGAAGUAGGACAGCGGCCUGAGUGGAGAGUCUCUACAAAUGUGUUUCGCACCAAGUGGAACGUCAACAACGUGCCGACAAUUGUUCGGUUUGAGCUUUCAGAUGGCGAACUGAAAGAGACGGCUAGACUGGUAGAAGGCGAGAUACUGGAUGAGAAGCGAUUGAGAGGACUAAUCCGCAACAAUCAAUGA